AUGGUUGCACAUGUGGCCAAUGGCAUUGCGCAGGCACUUGGGGCAGCAGUUGUUGCCCUUCAAACAGCCCCAUCGCCACCAAGUCUGAUGGUGCUGCAGGGCCGCAAGACCUGGCUGACUGCAGAUGGUCUGGGUCUGCUGUGUAUUCUCCUGCUGACUACAAUCACAGUGCUGUGGAUCCAGUUCAACCACCUGACUGGCCCCCAUGUUCUCAGUGCGGUCUCCAUCCAGGGUUGUUUCAAGCGCUACAGACUGGCUGCAGUGGGUCUGGGUCUGCUGUGUGUUCUCCUGCUGACUGCCAUCACAGUGCUGUGGAUCCAGUUCAACCACCUGACUGCAGAGAGAGACGGGCUCCAGAGAAGGUUUUCUGAACUGGAUAAAGCAGUUAGAGACGAGUGGAUCUACUUCAGCUCCAGUCUUUACUACAUUUCUAGUGAGUGGAAGAACUGGACUGAGAGCAGAAACGACUGCAGAGAGAGAGGAUCAGACCUGGUGAUCAUCAACAGCAGAGAAGAACAGGACUUCAUUAACACAUUGAGAAAAGGUCAGUGGAUUUGGAUUGGUCUGAGUGACGGUGAAACAGAGGGGGUCUGGAAAUGGGUGGACGGAUCAGAACUGAUCACUGGGUUCUGGAGAACUGGAGAACCCAACAGUAAUGGAGAAGAGGACUGUGGUUUAUACGGCUAUGGGUCUGAUCCUGUGAAUAACUGGGCUGAUUAUCCCUGUAAUAGCCAGUAUUUUUGGAUCUGUGAAAAGAGAAUAUAAAGAGUAGAUAUUGUGU